GCGUGUGUACGUAAGUAUUAAAGUUUAAUUAUAUCUUUGCAGACAAGAUUCAUAUGAAACGCCGUCAUGGAUGGAAAAGUGUACACUGAGAAAAUGAAGAAUCCCAGAGCGGAUGCUAACAUCUUUAGCGUCUUGACGUUCUCUUGGAUCUUACGUACUUUCUGGGUGGGUUACCACCGAGAUCUUGAAGUAACUGAUUUGUACACACCUCUUAAGGAACAUACAAGUGACGUUCUUGGUGACAAAUUGGCAACGGCCUGGGAAAAGGAAUGCGAGGAAUACCAGUGUCGACUGAAGCAGGUCGCGAAGAGCGGAUCACAGAAGAAGAUUAAGGAGCCCAGUCUGAUGAAAGUUCUUAUGAGAUGUUUUGGCCUCAAGAUUAUACUGUAUGGGAUUUGUGCGACCUUUGCGGAGAUCGCGAUCAG